CACUUUAAUUUUUGUCCUCCCAUAUUCAAACCUACACUUUCAGCUCUCUACGUUUUCUUUCAUCCAACAAGAAGAAAUGGCCGAUGCAAUCCUGUAUGGGGUUGCGCAGAAGAUCAUUGAAUCGUUGGGCUCCUCUACUUUCAAACAGAUUGGAUCGAUCUGGGGUGUCAAAGAUGAGCUUGAAAAAUUGAACAACACUGUUCUCACUAUCCAAGCUGUGCUUCAGGAUGCAGAGGAGCAACAAGUUGAGAAUCACCACGUCAAGCACUGGCUCAUGAAGCUCAGAGAAGUAGUUUUUGAUGCGGAUGACUUGCUGGGCGAGUUCUCCACUCAUGUGUUUCGGCAAAAGGUGAUGGAUGGUGAUAAAAUGGCAAAGAAGGUACGUAUUUUCUUUUCAAGAUCAAACCAACUUGUUUUUAGUUUUAAGAUGGCUAGCAAAAUAAAGGCUACGAGGGAGAGGCUGAAUGAAAUAGCAACUGAUUGGAACAAUUUUCAGUUGAAGUUAGAGCGUCCUUUAAAGACACAGGAUGUGACUAAGGACAGGGACCAAACUUACUCAUAUAUAGGUGAAGAAGAAGUUAUUGGGAGAGAAGAGGAUAGGAAGGCCAUCAUAGAUCUAUUGUUGGACUUUAAUGUGAAAGACAAUGUCUCAUUCAUAUGCAUAGUGGGGAUCGGAGGGUUAGGGAAAACCACACUGGCUCAAUAUGUAUACAAUGAUAAGAUUGUCCACGAUUAUUUUGAGUUGAAAAUGUGGGUGUGUGUAUCUAAUGACUUUGAUGUUAAAAAAAUUGUUGAAAAGAUAAUUGAAUCUGCAACUAAAACAAAGCCUGAAAAUUAUGAGAUGGAUCUAUUGCAAAACAAACUUCGAAAACAACUCAAUCCAAAGAAAUACUUACUUGUAUUGGAUGAUGUUUGGAAUGAGAAUGAGGAGCGUUGGUGUAAUUUGAAGAGACUUUUGAUGGGUGGUGCAAGGGGAAGUAAGGUGGUGAUAACUACAAGGACCAAACUAGUUGCUGAGAUUACCGGCACUAUCAAGUCGCCGUAUAUUCUAAGUGGCCUACCAAAGGAUCAAUCAUGGUUUUUAUUGAAACAAAUGGCAUUUGGUGAAGGACAAGAUACCAUUGAUCCUGACAUUGAAGCAAUUGGAAUGGACAUUGUAGAAAAAUGUCAAGGAGUGCCUCUAGCUAUAAAGACAAUAGGGAGAGUCUUAUAUUUCAAAACAACAAAAGAUGAAUGGUCAUACAUCAAGAAUAAUGAACUCACAAAUGUAACUCAGCUAAAAAAUGGUAUUAUUCCUGUUUUAAAAUUGAGUUACGAUCAUCUUCCAUCAUAUUUAAAGUGUUGUUUUGCAUAUUGUUCACUUUUUCCUAAAAACUAUUUGAUUGAUAAGUUGACAUUGAUACAACUAUGGAUAGCACAAGGUUUUAUUCAAUCACCAGAAAAUAACAAACAAUUAGAGGAUAUUGCCAAUAAGUACUUCAUGGAUUUACAUUGGAGGUCCUUCUUUCAAGAAGUAGAAAAAGAUGAAGGCAUGAAUACAAAGUUUAAGAUGCAUGAUUUAAUCCAUGAUCUAGCACUAUCAGUCUCAAGGAGUGAGUGUGCUUUGGUUAAUUCUAAUGCAAACAAUGUCAUUGAAAAAGUUCGUCAUCUCUCAUUUUCAUUUGCCAAUGUUUCAUUUUUUAGGAAGAAUUUAAGCACGUUGGUUAAAGCAAAUAAGAUACGAACAUUUAUUUUGGCAUGCGAUCCUUGGGUUGGUGUUGGGGAAACAAUGGAAGAAUCAACUCUCAAAACACUUAUUUCUAGUUUUAGAUACUUGCGUGCCUUGGACUUACAUGGUUUAAAAAUUAAUAUAUUGUCAAAUGUCAUUGGUACUUUGAUGCAUCUCAAGUACCUUGACCUUUCCUCUAAUGAUAUUGAAGUUCUCCCUAGUUCUAUUACUAAAUUGGUGAAUUUGCGAACAUUAAAGCUCUCUAUGUGUGUAAACCUUAAGGAAUUACCAAUAGACAUUAAAAAAUUGGUCAGUCUCAAGCACCUUGACAUAAAUGGUUGUAAGAAUUUGACUCAUAUGCCAUGUGGAUUAGGGAAAUUAACUUCUCUUCAAACAUUAACCUUAUUCGUUGUGAGUAAGGGCCUUGUAAAUUCUUCCAAGCAUUGCGAUGGACUGGUAGAAUUAAACAGGCUAAACGACCCGAGAGGAAAAAUAAAUAUUAUAAAUUUGGCAGGGGUGAAAGAUGCCAUCUCAGAAUUCAAGGCUGCAAAUUUGAAGGAGAAGCAAUAUCUUAGUGAAUUGGAAUUAAGAUGGAAUCCGGAGGGUAAUGAUGGUGCAAUUGCCUGUGAUGAUUAAAAUUCCACGAAUAGCCUUCGACCACCCGAAAGUUUAAAAUCCUUGGUAGUGGAUGGGUACAUGGGUAUGAAAUUUUCAAGUUAGCUUUCUUUCCUAACAAAUCUGGUCAAAUUAAAUAUA